AAGCGCCUCUCACCAAGAAACCACCGCCGCCGCCGCCGCCGCCGCCGCCGCCUCUCCACCUACAAGUCCAAGCCUCUCGAGGCGUCUCCGGCGGCGACCGAAGCGGCAGCAUGAAGCGCCUGCUCAGGCGGCUCUCCCGCGUGGCCGCGGCCGACGCCGGCGCAUACCAGCCGCUCCGGACGGACGCGAAGGCCGCCGCGUCGGCCUCCUUACCCGGCGGCGCCCGGCGGCUGUGCUGCGGCGCGCGCGUGCCGGAGGGCCACGUGCCGGUCUGCGUCGGCGAGGAGGGCGGCCCCGUGGAGCGCUAUGCCGUGCGCGCCGAGCUCCUAGGCCGGCCGGCGUUCGCGGGGCUGCUCCGGCGCGCCGCGCAGGAGUACGGCUACGGCCACCCCGGGGCGCUCCGCAUCCCUUGCCCCGUGUCCGACUUCCGCGCCCUCCUCCUCCAGCUCUCCUCCCCUGGCGGCGACCACGCGGACGACGAGGCGGCGGCGCUCUACCACUACUAAGCAUCGGCAACCCGCCGGCCGCCGUUCUCCCCGCCCCUGCCCUUCUGGUCCCUGGGCAGUCACCGCUUUCUCCACGGUGGACAUCAUUAAAAUUUGCCCCCUUGGCAAAACGGUAACGCCGGCAAUCGCAGCGCCAAGUGCUGCUUGCUCUCGAUGUCUUCUUACCGAUUCACCUGUGCGUGGGAUCCAUGUACAUAUUGAGGCGGGUUAACCCUGUGGUGGGGGUAGGACGGAGAUUUCGCCGCAUUUUCUCCUGCAGCUCAACAGUUUUAGUACCUGCUGUUUGGUGGGAAUUAGAGGAAUUUUCUUUUCUUUUCUUUUCUUUUUCUCCCUUGUUUUGGGUGUUCGUCUAGAUCAAGCUCUGCCUCUAGCUCUAAUGGUGGCUGUAAUGGAGUAGUAGCAAGUACUUGUCUUUCGUUUCCUAGGGGUUUUGAGAUCUUAGCAAUACAUGUAAGCCGCAAGGUUUAUCUCCUGUGACUGAGACCGAGGAAAUUUCCAUUGCGAAAUGCCAGCCAGUA